AAUUAAUUAAAAAAAAAAAAAAAAAAAUGAAAAAAAUGAGUGAGCUUUUGAAAAAAUAAGAUGUGAGUUUAAAGUUUUUUUAAAACCAUCAUUGGUAACACUGAUUUCGUUACAAACCAGUUUACAAACCAGUUAAUUACGCAUUACUCCACGUGAUGAAACAUAAAAUAGUAGCAUGUGACUAGUGAUGCAUUAUUGGUGUACUAAAGAGUAAUACAAAUUAAUUAUUGGAAAUACACCCUUAGUUCUUUUUGUAAAGAUUGAAUCGAGUUUCACGAAGUGAAGUGUCAUUAUUACAAAGCUAUCUAACUUGUAAAACAAAAACGAGAUAUCUGGUGCGGAGAAUAAAUCAUUGGUUUCAGUCAGAAUCUGCUUUCACAUCAAGCGAUCAUUAUGGAAGAAAUGAGACUUCGUAAAUUUCUACAAGAUGCAAGAAUCCCAGAAGAUGACGCGGAGGUGUACCUAUCAUUAUUCAUACAGCAUGACAUCGAGGAAUCGGACAUGGCUGAUGUAAAAGAAGAACAACUCGUUAAAAUGGGCAUUAAGAAAAUAGGUCACAUCAAUCGCAUAUUGAAAGAAGCGAAGAAGCAAAAACGAAGAGAAGACGAACUUCAGCAUUUGAAAGAAGAAAUGCAGCAUUUAAGAAGAGAUUUAAAUAUCUUGUUGAGACACCGAGGCCUUAUGGCAUUUGCAGUCGUUGCCGGAUAGUAAUAAAACAUAAAUAUUUUCCGUACGAAGAUUUGUUGACAUAUUGUAAACAGCCAGGGCCAACCUAAAGGUUAUUUGACCAAUUCUUAGAAAAUUCGUAUGAGGUGGCAUGAUCAUAAUCAAUAAUCAAACUCUAUCGAAAGGCAAUUCUUAAAAACCGUUGAGGCGUUGACCUGAAAAAUGCAUAUUACUCAGGUACUUAGGUACCUAAUGAUGAUCGCCGCAUUUAGAAUCUCGACAAUCUCAUCCUCUUGGAAUUAAAUGUACGAAACUAUUCAAAAAGUAUUAAAGUAUUCCCUCCUUUGAAGAUUAUACCAAAACAUUAUACAACGUGAGGUAAUAUUUUGCUAUACGAUAUUGAAUGUGGAUAAAAUGUUUCUAAUGUAAUGUGCUUGCCUUAUUUUUACUGGUGUGGAGAAAAAGGAGCAUAAUUAAAAUGAAAAAAUCUAGAAACAGUGUGAGAUACCUACUGGUAAUUCUGGAGAAAUAUGCUCAACUGAUGUAAAAAUCAUGCAUGAGGUGUGUGGAUUUUUUAGUAUGUAUAAAAUACCUAUGUAAUUUGUAGUAGUAAAACCUUGUGUUUUAUUCAAAUGCUUGAUUUUGAUCUUCCUUCUUGUAAUACCUAUGUACUUAACUUACGUAUAUCGUUGUAUAGAUUGGCUAUAUUUGUUUAGUUUUAAUUUCUGAAAUAUUUCGAGCUUCCAUGUUUCGUGAGCACAGAGACGUUCAAUGUGAAUUCUUUGGCAUCUGUACCUAUACUUGUAAAACUUUUAUCUUUAAAUUGCAAUUUUUAAUUUUAUUAAAUUAAACAAAUUUUUAAACCACUUUUUUAUUGCUAAAAA